UUACCUAGACUAUAUAAUCCCAGAGCUCAGAGUCAGUUCAAAUCAAAAUAUUUAAACUAAAAAGUUAAAAAGCCCAAUGGUGUGUGUGUUUUCAUCCAAAAUCGAGAUUUAUUCAAAUAUAAUAUAUCGCUUGGGAUGAUUUCAGGACAAGAUUAUGAGGAACAACAAUUUGGACUGAAUCCCUUAGAAAGCUAUACAGAAUAUAAAUGGGAUACGCGAUGCGAAUUGUUGUUUCUAUGGCCGAUAUUGACAAUCAUCAUGCUAAUGUUAUUUGUCGCAAGUUUUUUCUUUGCAAUAAAUGCCUCAAUGAUGUGGAAGAAACUAAUGUGGAAGAAUUGGCAAGUCCAAGGGCGUAGCAAUAGAAGAAAUAAUGAAUACGGUGAUGUACUUUAUUGUAUGGGUCCAAGAAAUAAAAUCGAUCAAGAAGUCGUUAAAGAAGUCAAUCAAAAUGCCGAUCCAGAAGUCGAUCUAAAAGGCAAUCUAUAUAUAGACGCCUUACAAAAAAAGAUUCCGCAAUCUAAGGCCAUCACUACAGAUGAGCAAUUACUGAUUGAUACUGAAAACCUCAAUAACUUGAUGAGAUGCCUAAAUAUAGCCGAUAAUUCAGUUUCUGAUGAUUCAAACACAAAUAAUUUAAUUAAUGAGGUAUUGCCCAUUGAUAAUGAUAUUUAUGCUAAAAAAGAUGACGUUUCAAAUAUACAGGAAGAAGAUAUAACAUAUCUCAGUGCAGAGCGUGAAGACCAAAAUAAAGACAACUCGAUCUCGAUCCAGCCAAAUCUAAUCAUUAUUAACAACAUAUUCUCUAACACAGAUAAUACAAAGGCUCUCAAAAUUACUGACGGAUUAAUGAAUUAUAAAGACAUAAAUAAGUUGGUUGCGCAACAGAUAAAAAGUUGUGCUAAAUCCUUAACUGAAAAUAAAAAUACCUUGCAAGUAAACGAAUUAUUCGUGAAUAAAUCCUUAAUUCAGAAUUCAGAAUCAGAUCCAGAAAUCGUAAUGAAAAUAUCUAACCAAUCACACUAUGGACAAUCGGUGUUUAGACCAGCGAAAGAUUGGUCAUCGGGAGAUGCACAAGAAAACAAUGCUCGCAAGAUUAUCAAAUCGUCGCAAUCUGAUGGUACAUUUGACAUCGAUUUGGCUAUUAAUGAUAACUUAUCUUCGACCAGUUCGCAAAUAUUUAGAGCUUCACGCUACAACGAUUCGUCUAACGAUUCGAAGUCGUCACUUAGUGGUAAUUGCUUGAUUGACUCUGAUAUUUUCAAGAUUCCAGAAAAUACUUCAGAAAAGAGUGUCGAUUUUAUAGAUAUUGCUGAUGAAGACUUCCAUCCCAAUAUCCCAGAGAAGCGGGAAGCUGAAAAUGGCCCCGAUGAAAUAGUUGAAGUCGUACUUUAUGAUCCCGAUGGCAAUCCGGUUAUCGUCAAUUUUAGAGUCUUGAGUGAUGUAUAAGAGAAUUGAUACUUAAAUCUCUAUAAGAGAAUUGAUAGUCAUUCAAACUCUAAAACUCUACGGCUUAAAGAAUUUUUUAAAUAUUGUAGAUCGAAACGUGGUUUAAUAGAAAAUGUUUGGAGCUUAAAUUGUUAUAUAUUUCUAAUAUUUAUAGAUAUAUUGGAUAUGUCCAUUUAGACAUUUUUUAAGCUUAUAUGUAUUAUAUUAUGUCAUUAAUCCAUAUUUAUGUAAGCUUGUUAAUUCAAAAUUCGACAAAUGUCAGAAAAGCCGACGAUCGGUCGGAUAUUUGAUAUAUUAUAUUAUAUAU